AGAGAACGAAAUAUCUUGACAUUCUGUGUUAGCUAGGCAAAUAGCUAGCUACAUUUAGUUUCAAGAAAAUAACUUAAUAUUAUUUACUUGCAAAGAAGCCUUAAUCAAAUGACUUGACUGGCCUUAAAGAUGGUAUAGAUACAAUAAAUAUGCAACACUAAAAUCUAGUUUGAAUGUUUGCAGCCAUAUAUUUAGCCCAAACGUUUUUUACAGAGGCAUGUUGAAUCUACUAUUAUGAAUCCUUUAAUAAAGGAGAUAAAAAAAACUGCAAACAACAAUGGAAAUUAUAAGUAAAUUUGACUAUUCACUACUUUUUUAUGGUUCCAAGAAUGUUAAAAAUAUUUUAAGCCAUUUUCAUUGUGAUGCAAUCCUGUUUUGGUAUGGUCCUUAAUUAACCAAAGGAUAAAUGUAAACGACUAUGGCAUUUGAUGGAAAUGUAAUGUUAUCUUUUCAAGUUGAACUUAAUAACACCAAGCAAAAUGUUUGUGAAACUUUAUCUUUAUUGGGUCAGUUGAGGAAACAGCAACUGGAAAACGUGUCAGUUCAUUCCCAUCAUGAAGACUUGAUCGCUGCAUUGCAAAACCGAUGUAAAAAUCAUGAGCAGCGUAUGAGCAAGAUAUCAGAGGAAACAAAGAAGUGCAACAAACAAGUUCAAAAAAUUCAAAGCGCCAAAUCACCAGUACAAGAUUUUGAAGGUUUAAUCACUUCAUUGCAAAACAGAUGUAAAAACCAUGAACAAAAAAUGAAAAAACUAACAGAGGUUCAAAAUGCUCUAGGUGCCACAUCACCAGUGCAAGAUUCGGAAGCACUUAAGAAGGAAAUAAUGAAUAAUUACUCUCGUAAAACUCAAGAGAUGAAAAAUGACUUAGUUUCCUUAAAAAAAGAAAUGCUAGAUUUCAUCUCAAAAGGCAUUCAGAAUGUUAAGCUUGAAUUGGAUUCUCUCCAGGAGGGUACAAAAACUAAAAAUCCAGGCACUCCAGAAGAUUUAAAAAAAUUAAAGAAAGAAUUGCUCAAUGCUUACUCCAGACAAACUCAGUCCAUAAAAGAAAGCAUGUGCAAAAUGGAGAAAGUACAGAAUCAAGAAAAGAAUAAAACUGCUUUACUGCAGAAGGAAUUGAAAUCAGAAAAAGAAAAAACAAACUUUUUGGAAAGAAGAUUGCUAAAUCUUGAAAAAAUAAUACUUGGUCAAAACCCACAAUCAACUUCAAUUUCAUUAGGUACAAACAAUCUAGUGAAACAAAACCCACAAACUCCUACCUCACGGUAUUCCUACCAACGACUGGCUGCUGAAGCGAAAAGCAUAAGUUGUCAGAAUCUCACUGUAAACAAAGAAAGUAUAACUGUCACAUCAUCAAGUAAAACAACAAAUUCUCAAUCAGAUUUAAUUCCCUUAAAUGCCAACAAUUCAGUCAAUCCACAAAGCCCUAGUCUGUUGUAUUCCAAUCAGCAAAUGUCUGUUGGAGAAAAAAGCGUAAGUUGUCAGGAUUUGAGUGGAACGAAAGCUACAAUCUCAUCGUGGGAAACAGCCACCAGAUUGAAUGUUAACCAGAAAAUUGAUUCAGUUUUAACAAACAACUCUAAUGCGACUAGAACGGCAAAUUGCCAUCAAACGUCACUGGCAGACUACAUGGCAGGAUGCAGCAUCCAACAACAUGAUAUUAGUUUCUCGCAAACAGUGUCACCAAUGAAAACUGUCUUAAAUGUCAACAAAAACACCGACGCUUCUUUGGAAAAGAAGGAAAAAAAGAAAAGAAACAGAGGGAAAAGAUCCAAAAAAGCAACCAAAAAUACAACCAACUUGAGUGACAAAACAUCUUCCAGUGCUCCUGUUAGUGUUGCAUCAUCAACAUCAUCAUUGGAUGUACAAGAAAAUACAAACUCUUUACAGAUACAAAGCAAAAACCAGUUUGCACUAAAUCAGAAUGUUGCAUAUACCUCUACUGCAAGUGGAAUACAGGCAACUUCAAAUUGCAUUGAAAGAGCAGAUAAGUUUUUACAAAUGUGGCAGGCGAAGAAACCAACUGAAGAAAGUGUGUUGGUUACUGUGGAUACAGAUGUCGUUGAAGAGUGUGGAAAUGAUGACAGUGGUGAUGACAGUGAUAAUGACAGUGAUGAAACAUCAAAUGAAGCAAUGAUUGCCUAUCCAUUCAGAUUAACUGAUCGUCUUCUGGUUCGUUCAAUGGAAUGGCCUAUUCGUAAACGGAAACCAACAGCAACCGAAAUUAUCUAUCACAGUGGAACCUUUUUUACUGGCAAGCCAGGAUAUCGUGCACAACUUCGUGCCCAGAUUGAUCGUCUCCAUGGUGAUGUGUAUUUCUCCGUUCGAAUACUACAAGGCUUGUUCGAUGAUGUACUUUCUUGGCCGUGCCAACUAAAAUUUUGCAUUAAAUUAUCCGAAAAGAUGAAAUGUUUAAAUGCUGAAGAUUGGGUAAUUCCACCGACCCCAACGUGGAGAAGAAGUUUAACAAAACCGACCGCGAAAAAAGAUGAUGUAUUUAGUGAGUGGUGCGGACCUUUUAAUAUCAGUAACUUUUUGAUUUGCAAAAAAUUAAUAUUUGAAUUCAAAUUGGCUGAAUAACAGCUUCUUUCUACGUACACUGUUUAUUUUCGCGCGCGAAAAAAAGUAUAUUUAACUUUUUCGUACCCGAAAACGAAAAGUGCUUACCGCGCUCACAAUCUUUUCUUCUGUGUCUUAGAGUCCACUUGGCUAUUAGGUCAAGCUAGGAAUUUCUAACUACACCUAAUGUGUGUUUGCUUAGAGGAUUAUUUCGUAUUGCACAUUUUGUUGGAAUAUACGAUUUAAACAGCGUAAGUGUAAACGACAUGGGAACAAAUUUGACUUCAAAUAGUUGUGAUGUUCACGUAUUCUCUAAAAUCUCUGCGUGCAGCUCUUUGUGUGCGCAUAAAGAAAUCAAAUUUAUGUGCAACUACUUUAUGUGUGCAUGAAUCGAGCUGAGUGCGAGCAAGAAUGAUGAGUCGCGUCAUUUGUUAGUAUAUAAUGGUUUGGUUUCUUUUUCAUUUAUAUAAAAACUUCUUUCUUUCUUGUAUUUUUGUGGUGUAUUUCUGAUGCUUUUUGUCCCUAUUUUACAUAUGCUUUUUAUUGGAUUUUUAACCCUGCUUCUCUGUUUUUGUUUUUGUUUUUUGAGCCUUUCCUUCUCUAUCCUUCCCGUGGUAACAUACUGAAGGGGAAGGGAACAAUACUAAAGUCCAGGAAAAUUUUACCACCCAUCUUCAAAUAAAAAAAAUACCCGUUCCCCAGUUAUUGCUGACCCCACCCGGUCUCUCUCCUCAGUUAUUGCUGACCGUACAGUCAUUGAUGAUCCCACCGCUAUCCCUAUCUUAAAUCUCAGAAUAAAUAUCCCACCUACUUUGGUAAUUUUUUUAUUUGAAAAAAUACGACCCCCUCCAAUUAUUUUUAAGUGAGCAAAAAUACUUGUAUUUUGUAAAGAUUUUUUUUUAAUAUUUAGUAAAUUUAGAAACAUUUUACUGUUAUUUUUUGAUGACAUAAGUAGAGAUAUAAAAAUAGUAAAAUAUAGAGAAAUUAUUAGA